CCACCCUUUAUUUCACAACAUCCAAUAAUUCAACAUUCUUAUCAUCACAUCAACCUAACAGAACAAACAAAAUGGCUGCUACACCUACAGUCCCUGAAGUAGUCCUCCCCUCCUCCACCGGACAACGGAAAAUGCCGGUGAUGGGCCUCGGCACGGCACCCGAAGCAACCAGUAAGGUUACUACAAAAGAUGCUGUCCUUGAAGCCAUCAAACAAGGUUAUAGACAUUUUGAUGCUGCUGCUGCAUAUGGUGUGGAAAAAUCUGUUGGAGAAGCUAUUGCAGAAGCACUUAAACUUGGACUUAUUUCAUCUAGAGAUGAACUCUUUGUUACUUCUAAAUUAUGGGUUACUGAUAAUCAUCCUGAGCUCAUUGUUCCUGCUCUGCAGAAAUCUCUAAGGACUCUUCAACUAGAAAACUUAGACCUCAUUUUGAUCCAUUGGCCAAUUACUACUAAACCAGGUGAAGUUAAAUACCCUAUUGAAGUAUCAGAGAUUGUGGAAUUUGAUAUGAAAGGUGUGUGGACAUCAUUGGAAGAAUGUCAAAAACUUGGUCUCACGAAAGCCAUUGGAGCCAGCAACUUCUCAAUCAAGAAGCUUGAAAAAUUGCUAUCCUUUGCAACCAUCCCUCCUGCUGUGAAUCAAGUGGAAGUCAACCUUGGAUGGCAACAAGAGAAACUUAGAGCCUUCUGCAAGGAAAAGGGUAUUGUGGUAACUGCCUUCUCACCCCUUAGGAAGGGUGCUAGCAGGGGUGCUAAUUUAGUGAUGGACAAUGAUAUACUCAAAGAAUUGGCUGAUGCUCAUGGCAAGACUAUAGCUCAGAUUUGUCUUCGAUGGCUAUAUGAGCAAGGAUUGACUUUUGUGGUUAAGAGCUAUGACAAGGAGAGGAUGAACCAAAACUUGCAAAUCUUUGAUUGGUCAUUGACUGAGGAUGAUUACAAGAAAAUUAGUGAAAUCCAUCAAGAGAGACUCAUCAAAGGACCAACCAAGCCUCUUCUUGAUGAUCUAUGGGAUGAAGAAUGAAGAAUCAGUUCAAUUUGAAACAUUGGAUUUUGCUACUUACUCUCAAUAAAGCAAGUCUGUCUCAUCAUAGUGGUUAUUAUGAGUACACUUUGUUAGGUGCAGUUGCAAGUAUUUUAUUUUCAAGAGUUUUGAUUCUACAUGUACGGAUUGUCAAAAUAUCAAUUUUAAUUGGAGUGAAUCUUCCUACUUUUCUUGCAUUGAGAAAUGAUAUUUGAAUAAUCAUUUUUUAUAA